UAUCGAUCAUCGGGGAAAGACGGGGCUAGAUUUCCUUGUGGCGGAGAAAUCUGAUGUGCAGGCAACAUGAAUCGGGCGAUCGCGGGGCGCAGAUUAAUUUUAGCACGUUAACAGAAUUCUUUCGGACCGAUUGUCUUCACCGAAUGCAAAUUAAACAGCACUUUUCCACAGUGCUCCGGGAAGAAGUGCUUUGGAUCGGACUUGCCAAAAGAACUACUUUUGUUUCUCUUAUGGACGCUUUGCGUUACCUAAAAGUAGCCGCGUCUUAAGAGAGUUACGCACCCCUGCCUUGCGUUGCGUCCGGAGAAGCGAGGCCCGAUCUCUUGACCCGUGGAGUACUCUCGAGUCUCUCUGGAUGGAUGGAUGGGUAUGGGGAGAGCAGGAUCUUACUACCCCGGGGCUGAGCGCCUCAUCUCUCCGCUACUACAUCUACUAGUGCUGUGCACCCUCUCCUCUCUCACCCACAUAGGUGAGAGCCAGGUCCAGACUCCGCAGUGCCGUAUCCAGAAGUGCACCACUGACUUUGUCUCUCUCACUUCCCAUCUUAACCCUUCACUGGAUGGCUUUGAUACUGAGUUCUGCAAAGCGCUGCGAGCCUAUUCCGCCUGCACCCAGCGCACAUCCAAGAGCUGCAGGGGAAACCUGGUCUUCCACUCCGCCAUGCUGGGCAUCAGUGACCUCAUGAGCCAGAGGAACUGCUCCAAAGACGGGCCCACGUCGUCUACCCAUCCCGUCAUCCCCAUUGAGCCAUGCAACUAUCACAGCCGCCAUCACCAAGCAUCACGGCCCGGAGCAGGGACCGGGGCUCCAGAGCACCCACGACCAACCUAUCUGUUCUGUGGCCUGUUUGGGGACCCUCAUCUUAGGACUUUCAAAGACCAUUUUCAGACCUGUAAGGUUGAAGGGGCAUGGCCCCUCAUUGAUAACAAUUACCUGUCAGUGCAGGUCACAAAUGUUCCAGUGGUGUACGGAUCCAGUGCCACAGCAACCAAUAAGAUCACGAUAAUCUUCAAACCAUAUCAAGAAUGCACGGACCAGAAGGUCUACCAGGCCGUAACAGACGACCUUCCGGCCGCUUUUGUGGACGGCACCGUCAGCGGAGGCGAUAGCGAGACUCGCAGCAUCUGGAUACUGGAGAAGGCGCCGGCUAGACACGUAGAGAUCCACGCCGCGUACAUCGGGGUCACCAUCAUCGUACGCCAGCAGGGCCGGUACCUGACGCUAGCCGUGCGAAUGCCAGAAGAGCUCGCCAUGGCCUUCGACGAAACGCAGGACCUGCAGCUUUGCAUGAACGGCUGUCCCACGUCAGAACGGAUCGACCAAGAGGGACACCUUCAGCUGCCCAUGCUGGGCCUCCAGCAAGCCAGCUUUCAGCAGCAGGCGAGGGUCGAAGCCCAGAGAGGCCUCUUCUCCCUCGAAAGCGCCUCCAGGAAGUGCAGGGAGCAACUGGAGAUUAAGGACAUCUAUUUCCACUCCUGCGUGUUUGACCUGCUCACCACAGGAGAUGCCAACUUCACCACUGCCGCCUACAAUGCCCUGAAGGACAUGGAGACUCUGCACCCCAAGAGGGAGCACUGGCGUAUUUUUCCUAACUCAGCCAAUGAGCUGAGGCCGUUUUCAUCGCUCAUCGGUGCACUGCUGACCGGCUUCCUCAUCACUGUGCUUUUAUAAUGCGCACAGUGUUUUGAUAACUGUUUCGAAGAAGAAAAGCAGACUGUAAAAAGUCGGUACUCUGAGGUACUUUGUAUAUACAAUGUCCGUGCGGAGAGUGAAUGUUAGAAUGCGAACCUUCGUUAGAUUGUACAUUUUGUGAAAAUCACGUUUUCAAGAGAGCUGAAUAUUGUAGAUUUUUGUGAGUGUGAAUUUUUUUGAGAUUUUUUGGGGGGGGGUUUGUCCUCAGGAGAGGAAAUCUUAACGGAAGCACUUUAUUUUUAUUUUCCUUUUCUUUUCUUUUUUUUGGUUUUUGCGACUAGAAAACAGUGUUCCUCGGAACCGGCGCUCAAGAAUCUAACACUCAGCGCUUUUUCUUUGAUACAUUUCCGUAGGUCUCUAUACGAAUGGUACUUACCUCACCAUCUUGCUCCGUAGAACCGUGUAAAACAUGUUUCGAGAUGCGGCUGGCGUAGCGAUUGUGUGCUAGAGGUUUAAAGAAGGAUCGUGUUGACUAGACUUUCACUUUAUCUGUGUUUUUAGUUCUGGUACUCAGUUGUUGAGUCACGUUGAUCAGCAAAAACAAAGUGAAGAAUUCAGGUGAACGCAGCAAACGUUGGUUGAAGUGCACUUAAUUCAGUAAUUCAAAUGGGAAUGUUUCUGUCGUCGAGCAUUUGGAGAUGUCGGGUGUUGGAAUUUCGGCCUAUUUUAUAAUUGACAAUCAGAAUUUUUGGUUUGGUACUAAGUCUGCCUAAUGUACGAACACGAAACAUCAAUCCUGAAGAGCGCGUUUUAGAGACGCCAAAAUAUUUAUGCUGAAACUUCCAUCUAAUUCCGCAGUCAGUGAGCGAACUGGAAGAUGGACGUCGCGUAAGUGCUAAAGUGGGCCAUGUCUCAUUUCUAAUCGGACUUGUAGCAUCUACUGGAAUGGCUUCUCGCAAGAUUGCAUUUAUUUGCUUUGUCCCUUUGCCAAACAAAUAUCGACUAUCCGUUCGAAGUGUUAAGUUCCCUCAAGCCCCGUUUUUUUAUCCUUGACCAAAGAUGUGACGUGAGCAACACACAUAUCAGAUCUUUUUUCCAGAUGUACAGUGGGGCUUCCCUAUACGUUUUAUUUAGCCAAAAAUGAGGAUGGUGCGGCGUUUUCGUGUUUCGCGAGCCAGUGCCAUAAAUCGACUCAAAAUCCGAAAUAUGUUCAGUGGAAUUGUUUUUUUGGCCCAGCAAGCGUUUUAACAGUUUUUCCGUCAGCCAGAAGUGCAACUUGAGCCGUGGUUCUUUUGCUGACUGCACAUCAGCAGCGAUUUCAUUCAGAGGGCUUUCAAAGCAAGUGAAGGAUAUUCAGAAACACUUAAGUCUCUAUUUGCUUUGAGUGUGGCAUUGGGCCUGAUGGACGCACGAUUCAUUCGACGAAAUCGAAUUGUAGACCUUCUGGGCCUUACUGCUCCGGAAGCCACGUUCCCAAAACCAAGACUUGCUACUGUAGAGACAUCAUUGUUUAACUACUGCCAGUGCUGAAGAGCUGCUACAAUACUGUGAUAAGUGUAAUCGAUUGUAUUUGGAACACUGGGAGUUUCGCGGGCAGUGAUUGGCCGGAUCCGAAACAGGAUCAUUUGAUUGGACGAUUGACCUAAAUCAGUGUACAGCGGGAUUUUUUUUUUUUUGUCCUCUUAAAAACCAGAACAAGGCAUCAGAGUGCAAUUUAACUAACUGCAAUGGAAAGCCUUCAUCCUGUGUUUUUGCAUUUCGCAUUUGAUCUUGUGAUCUCUUACUUUUGUUGUGAACAUUGUUUUUGUGAAGAGUGACUGCUCAAUGUUUAUACUUAAAUUAUUUAUGAAAUAUAGUGUCUUGUUAGAGAAGUUAAGCUCCAUACUCUUGCUGUUGAAAAACGUUUGAGAUGUGAUUGUACUGCCACCUAGUGGGUCACCAUUGUUACAUCAGUGUUUUAGUAUUGUACGGAUGCUGUUAAAAAAAGACAAAAAAGGAAAAAAUGUGUUAUUUAAAACAAUAAAUGAAAAAUACGUAAA